UGAAACAAAAAUCAAUGUUUUAAAAUUUAGUAGGUGUAAAGCCAAUAAUAAAAAAUCAUAGUUACAAAUUAUUGUUUAUAAUUAUUUCGUUUAGUAUCAUCGAAGAUGAAAUUACCGCACGUUUUUAUUGUUAUUCAAGUACUAUAUUUUAUAGUAACAACAGUAAAACCACAUCUAAUUUUACGUGAUCACAAGUUAAUAAAUAAUGAGUUUAAUGGGACAAAUAAUUUUGAACCAAUACGAAGGGUUCAUAGAACCCGAAGGUCAUUGGCUGUUGGGAGAAGACAAUUUCUAUGGAAUGAUGGUAUUAUUCCGUAUGAAAUCAAAAGCAUAUUUAGUGGAGAUCAACGCAGACUAUUUAAACAAGCAAUGAGACACUGGGAACGAUCGACAUGUGUUCAUUUUGUUAAAAGAAUUGAAGGGAUUCAUGAAAAUUAUAUAGUUUUCACUGAAUUAGAAUGCGGAUGCUGUUCUUCUGUUGGUAAAAGCGGGAAUGGACAACAACCAAUAAGUAUAGCUAACCAAUGCAGCAAUUUCGGUACUAUUAUACAUGAAUUGGGACACGCUAUCGGGUUUUACCACGAGCAUCAACGUUACGAUCGCGAUCAGUAUAUUGACGUUUUCCUAGAUGAUGUUCCAAGAGGUAGUGAACAUGAAUUUGAUAAAUUGCCACAAGGAUAUACAAAUACGUUGGGUCUACCUUAUGAUUAUAAUUCUAUAAUGCAUUACCCGAGAUUUGCUUUAGCAAAGAGUAGGUUUCGUAGUACGAUUGAACCAACACGUCAAAUAAAUGGGAGGACACCAGGUAUUGGUCAGAGGAAUGCUCUGAGUACCGGUGACAUUACUGCUGCAAAGUUGCUGUAUAAUUGUUCUGCACAUGGUGGGUCAUUUUUUGAGCCUCACUAUAUGAUUAUCCCGCCAAUACAUCCAGAUGAUUCACCAAGAGUUUCCGAUAAAUGCAAAUGGACCAUCAGAGCUGCGGAAGGUGAACGAAUAAAGGUCACACUAACAUCAUGGGAUAUUCAAGAGACUCCCAAUUGUACAGUGGAGUAUGUAGAAAUAAAAAAUGGCUACCAGGCAAAUAAUCCUGUCUUAGCUCGGAUAUGUGGUAAAGACAAAACAGUUGUUGUAACGGCUAGUAAUUUUGUAUCGGUAACAUAUGCCAGGACUCGUUAUGAAAAUCAUCACCUGGGAUUCAUAUUGAAAUACGAGGCUAUCUGCGGCGGUGAUAUUAAUUUAGAAAGUAAUUAUACUUAUUACUUAGAAUCACCAUAUUAUCCAGAGUCAUACGAACCGAAUAAAUAUUGUCAUUGGAAUAUAGAGGCUCCUUACAAGCAUUAUAUAGUAAUUAAAUUUGAUUACUUUGAACUUGAAGAAAGUACUGGUUGUAACAACGAUUUUUUGGAAGUACGAGAGGGUAGACAUAAGAAUGUGUCAAAUGGUAGAAGUUACUGCGGUAAAAAGGAUCGUUUAGAAAUAACUGCUUUGGCGAGAAUAAUUGAUCUGACGUUUGUAUCCAAUGGAUCGAAAGGAGCGAGAGGUUUUUCUGCCGCUAUAUAUGCAAUAUCUAUUAAUAACAAUUUGUCUACUUGAGUACUUCUGAAUAUCUGAAGCCAAUCAACUGUUGUAACAUUUAAGAG